AUGUGUGGCAACCCCAGGAACAAGGAGAAUUUUGACAAGACGGCUAUCUUCGUUGGGGUGAAGUUGAAGUUGGGUAAAGAUGAUAAGAAGGUUGAGGUCACCCUUGGCCGAAUUCUUUUGCGCCAGCCUGGGAUUAUCGGUCGGGAUACUUGCAUCGUCGAGGUGACAUCGGAGCACGAGGAGUGGAAGGGUAAAGAACUUGUUGUCAAGAUCAGCUGGCCUGCUGCCAGUCGAAAAUCAGAGGCAGAAUUUGUCAUUAGAGCCAGAGAGAAGGCGCGAUCCAUGCCGCAAGGGAAAAGGCCAGACUGGGCCUUAGACCAUUUGCCCGACGUUCUCCUUUCUCAAGACUUUGACUACGGCACGGAUUCUACUCAGGUGAAUCUCGUCGCUUUCUUUGCAACAGCCAUAUUUGCAAAGGAGGAAAAGUUCGAGUAUGAAAAACGCGUCUGUCGAGUUACGGUCCAGGAGAGGCUGUAUCCUCUUGAAGAACUGCGGACGGUUCAAGAGUAUGCUCAGGUCUUUUUUGAUAUUUUGCAGAUUCACAAAUGGCUGUACGAUCACCCAGGAAUCCUCCACCGUGAUAUCAGUCCUGGAAAUAUCAUGUGGCGCCGAACCGUCGACGGUCAUUUACGUGGGGUCCUCAACGACUUUGACUUGUCUGCCUACCGACAUGAUACUGGCCCUUCAUUGCGUCAGCGCACCGGUACUCUACCCUACAUGGCGUUCGAACUCCUCAUCGAUGACGAAAAUGGUCAUCCACCCAAGCACCUCUAUCGACACGAUGUAGAGUCCAUCUUCUACGUCAUUCUCCUCCUCUGUUGUCGUUACAUGGUCGUGGCUAAACAAGACCUUGAUGGACGCCCGAUCCUGGAACGCACGCGAGUCCAUUCCCCAUUCAAUAGCUGGUAUAAACUCGAUCGUGAUGAUUUGAAGUACAAGAAGUGCUUUUUUAUUACGAAAAUUGACUCAUUUUCUCCUAUGGCAAACAGUGGCUUCACUGACUUUCAGUCCUGGAUAAAUCGCAUUCGCCAGCAAUUCCUGCUAGGGUUCCAUGCUAAGAACGGACAUAUACUACGGAAGGACCUUGGAGUCAUGGAGUCCUUUGAGGAUGAAACUCUGCAGACCUGGGUUUCUUACUCAGCCAUUGUCAAGACCUGUAGUGAAUUCGCUGGUUCGGCUCUCAUAGUACACAACGACCAGGUCAAAGAGGGCGCCUAG